AUGUCAGGAUCGAUUUUUACAGAUAAGGCGUCAGCAUCGCAAGAUUUGAUUCAAAUUGGUGUGCCAUCGAUUGAACGCCCGUUUGGUAUUUACUUGUGGCCCAUUUUCAACAAAGUAUUUGAACUGGUCAUUGGAUACCCCGCUGAUGAUUUUGAGUUUGUUUACCACCAGACGUUUUUAGCCAAUGGGUUUCAUGCCAUUAGUAUAAUUAUCGUUUAUUAUAUUGUUAUAUUUGGUGGAAGAGAAGUUAUCAACAAGUUUAAAUUACCAGCUUUGAAAUUGAAUUUUUUGUUUCAGUUGCAUAAUAUUGUGUUGACUUUGCUAUCAUUAAGUUUGUUGUUGUUGUGUAUUGAGCAAUUGGUUCCCAUGUUGUAUCAUCAUGGAUUAUUUUAUGCCAUUUGUGAUAAAGGUGCAUUCACUCAGAAAUUGGUUACAUUGUAUUAUUUGAAUUACUUGACGAAAUUUUUGGAAUUGAUUGACACUGUGUUUUUGGUGUUGAAAAAGAAAAAGUUGUUGUUUUUGCACACUUAUCAUCAUGGGGCUACUGCAUUGUUGUGUUAUACUCAAUUAACCGGGUACACUUCAGUUGAAUGGGUUCCAAUUACUUUGAACUUGGCAGUACAUGUGGUCAUGUAUUGGUACUAUUUCCUUAGUGCCAGAGGCAUUAGGGUUUGGUGGAAAGAAUGGGUCACCAGAUUCCAAAUUAUCCAAUUUAUUCUUGAUUUAGGUUUUGUUUAUUUUGCCACUUAUACCCAUUAUGCAUUUGCUUAUUUCCCAAGCUUGCCUCAUAUGGGAAAUUGUCAUGGAAGUGAAUUGGCAGCAGCUUAUGGAUACUUAAUUUUGUCGUCAUAUUUGGUGUUGUUUAUCAGUUUCUACAUUAAGGUAUACAAGAGCAAAGGUGGUAAAAAGCCAGUCAAGGCUGAAGAAGUUGCCAGUGCCGCUGAAAAGGCUGCCAGUGGUACUAGUUCUGGUGUUGACACAGGUUCCAAGAAGGUUAAAUCAAGAAAAGCUUAA